UUUAUUCACUGUGGACUUUUUGCUCUCUCUUGCAGACAACAUGACAUUUUGAUGUGGUAAAAAAUGAACAAACCCAAAAUGGCCUCAGAGAAGGGUGUCCCCAGUAACUCCAGGGUACUGAUGCUUCUGGGCCAGCUUGACAGGAUGAACGGCGAGUCCAUGCUGAGGGACGUUGAAAUGGCAAGACAGGUCACAACAAAGAUCCUUCAUCUCAUACAGACACAGGAGAGGAGUGGGAAAGAGGUGAUGUCCAAAGGCUCCACUGGAAUGGAGGUCAUCCUGGCAUCACUUGAGAAUAGCAGAGAUGUCCAGACUACCCUGAACAUUCUUUACAUCCUCAGUGAGCUGCUGACUAUUGGCAGAGGGAGGAGAGUGGGUGUGUUUGUCUCCAAGGGAGGAACAGGAGUAUUAUUCCAGAUUCUGAUCACUGCCAGUAGAGAGUUUCUUCCCAGUGAAGAACUCAUGCUACAGCUUCACUCGCUGCUCGCCAAGGUUGGACCCAAAGACAGAAAGUUUGGAGUGAAGGCACGUUUGAGCGGAGCUCUGAACAUCACUGUGAACCUGAUGAAACAGAAUCUACUGAAUGCAAAACUACUUCUGCCCUGUCUGCAGGUUCUCAGGGUUUACUCCACUAACUCUGUGAAUGCUAUUUCACUGGGGAAGAAUGGUGUGGUGGAACUUAUGUUCAAGAUUGUUGCACCAUACAGCAAAAAGAACACCACCCUGUUAAAGGUAGCUCUGGACGCACUGGGAGCUCUGCUCAAAUCCAAAACAAAUGCUCGUCGUGCAGUGGACGGUGGAUUUGUUCCCGUCUUGCUCGCUCUGUACCUGGACUGGCAUCGCAACGACACUCGCCAUCGCCACAUGCUGAUUCGUAAAGGCCUGCUGGGCUGCCUCAGAAAUAUUACCAACAUCAAACUCGGCAGGAAGGCAAUCCUGGAGGCCGAUGGCAUGAGGAUUCUCUACAACUCAUCCACUGAGUGUCUCUCUGUGCGGACUUUGGAUCCUCUGAUCAACACUUCAAGUCUCAUCAUGAGGAAGUGUUUUCCUAAGAACCGUCUGCCUUUAGCGACCAUCAAGUCAACCUUCCUCUUCCAGCUACCUAAUGUUCCUGCUGGGGGCCCUGUGGCACAGCUGUACAACCAGCCACCUGGAGUGGACGAUGUGGUGGAUGAAAGUGAUGAUAACGAGGAGCCAGAAGCAGAUGCAGAUACUGAAAAUGACGACGACGAGAAGGAUCAUUGCAGUCUGAAUGAUGACAUAGAAACAGACCUGAACAAGCUCCAUCCCAAAAGGACAAUUGGACGCUCAUAUGAUGAGUUGAAGACCUAUCAGAGAUUUUUCUCUGAGCUGACUGAAGAUUUUCAGGGGUAUAAUUUUGAAUGCUCAAAAAGUGCCUCAACUAAAUCAUCUUCCUCAUCCCUCUCCUCAUCAACGGCAUCAUCUCGGCUCACUCGGCCAGUUUUAGUGCCCACAGCUAAAUCCCCAUCACAAAAGCAAACCCCGUCACCAAACUCUCGUGAGGAUUGCAACUCUGUCAAAAAACAUCAGACUCAGCUGUCUCCCUCUGCUCCUACUUCUACCCCACCUGCUUCUCAAACACCUUUAGACCUGGAUUCAAUUCUCAUCAACAAGGAUAAAGAUAAAAAAGAGGGAGCUAACACUCCUUCUCCAGAUGGACACACCACCUUUCCCUCUUUCUGCAGGUCUCCCUCUCAGGCUCAUGGGAUUGAAGAGGAACUAUCACGUCCACUGGAAUGUGUCUCUUUAGAGGACAAUCUGAAAACCGAAGUUGGAUCAGAGAGGGGGAAACGAGAAGGAUCUCCAGUCAACACUACAAGGCACAUACAGUCACCUUUGCUCUUGGGGGGCUUUCCAAUCCGUCGCGUGGGAGGAGGGGGCAGCAACUGGGGUUCAGACUGUGGCUCAGAGGGAGGUGAGGAUGAAUCGGGGGAAGGCGCAGUUCUUGAGGUGCCGGACACGGCUCAACUCCUCCCCUUGCAUGAUCCUGACCUUUACGUGCAGAUGGUGAAAGCAACUCAUUCUGUCCCCCAGUACGCUGAAGUGGCUUACCCAGAUUACUUUGGUCAUGUGGCUCCAACGUUUAAGGAACCUCUUCUAGAGAGACUUUAUGGUGUACAAAGGUCAAAAAUAUUUCAGGACAUUGAGCGGUUGAUUCAUUCUAAUGAUAUCUUGGAUAAAGUAGUUUAUGACUUGGACAUUACCAGUUGUCCUGUGAUUGAAGAAAAUGGUGAAUCACUGAAGUUCAACUCUCAGUUUGAGUCCGGCAAUCUCAGGAAGGCUGUCCAAAUUAGAAAAUAUGAAUAUGACCUGGUGCUGAAUUCAGAUAUCAACAGUAAUCACUACCAUCAGUGGUUUUACUUUGAAGUGAGCGGCAUGCGUGUUGGAACUUCUUAUCGCUUCAACAUCGUCAACUGCGAGAAGUCAAACAGCCAAUUUAACUAUGGCAUGCAGGUUCUGAUGUACUCUGUGCAGGAGGCCAUCAGUGGCCGGCCCUGCUGGGUCCGAACAGGAACAGACAUCUGUUACUAUAAGAAUCACUUUGCAAGGAGCUCCAUUGCAGCUGGUGGUCAGAAAGGAAAAUCCUAUUAUACAACGACCUUCAGCAUAAAUUUUACCCAAAAGGACGAUGUCUGCUACUUUGCCUAUCAUUACCCAUAUACAUACUCCACACUGAAGAUGCAUCUGUCCAAACUGGAGGAUUUGAGAACUCCUCAAAUCUACCUGAGACAGGACGUGCUGUGUGAGACCCUCGGUGGAAAUGACUGCCCCCUUCUCACUAUCACUGCCAUGCCCGAGUCCAAGUCCAGCGAUCACAUCUGUCAGUUCAGGAAUCGCCCAUUGAUCUUCUUGUCGGCCAGAGUGCACCCUGGAGAGACCAAUGCCAGCUGGGUAAUGAAGGGCACGCUGGAGUUCCUGAUGGGGUCCAGCCCACUGGCAGCCAGCCUCAGAGAGGCCUACAUCUUCAAAAUAGUUCCCAUGCUCAACCCUGAUGGAGUUAUCAAUGGCAAUCAUCGUUGUUCUCUGAGUGGAGAGGAUUUGAAUCGCCAGUGGCAGAACCCCAAUCCUGAGCUCCACCCCACCAUCUACCAUACUAAGAGCCUGCUGCAGUAUCUUGCAUACACACAAAAGGCACCACUGGUGUUCUGCGACUACCAUGGCCAUUCUAGGAAGAAGAACGUGUUCAUGUAUGGCUGCAGCGUUAAGGAGACCGUGUGGCAGUCCAACAUUAGUGCAAGCUCAAGUGAUUUACAGGAGGAUCUUGGAUACAGAACGCUUCCGAAGAUCUUGUCCCAAAUCGCCCCGGCCUUCAGCAUGGCGAGCUCCAGUUUUGUUGUCGAGCGCUCUAAAGAGUCGACUGCCCGUGUGGUGGUAUGGAGGGAGAUUGGAGUUCAGCGCAGUUACACAAUGGAGAGCACCCUCUGUGGCUGUGACCAGGGCAAAUAUAAGGGGCUUCAAAUCGGCACCAGGGAGUUGGAGGAGAUGGGAGCUCAGUUCUGCAUAGCCAUGCUGAGGCUGAAGAGGUUGACAGGGCUCCAUAAUCACCAACAUCUGCUGGAUUUAGAGAGUGAUAUCAUUGGGACCCAGACAAAAUCAGUCAGCAGCUCCACAACGACCUACGUGCUGGAGGAUGAUGAACCAUCCUUUCUGGAGGCGAUAGAUUACAGCGCAGAAAGCAACGAUGAGGAUGCAGAGCCUGAAAAUGAACUCUGCUGCGAAGUUCAGGAGAAUUUAGAACAGCUGUCGGACUCUGAAACCAACCAUAGGGUCUAGUGGUAAUUAACUUUGAACCUGCCAGGCUGACCUUUGAACUAGUCAGUGCUUGGAUUAAUAAGUGAACAAAGUUUCACAAGAGAAAUGGAAAGAAUCCUCACUCGUCACAGAUUCAUAGCUUAGAGUUACACUUGAACUUUUGAAUUUAUCAAGUCAGCUCAGCGUAGCCGACUUAUUGCUUCUAACGGUGCAAACACCAUCUGCCUUUGUCUUCAGAUAAAUUUAAGUAUCAGAAUAAAUUACAGUGAAGGUUUUUACCUUUAGUCACCAGAUCAUAUCAGAUUCAUAAACCUCAGACACCAUAUAUCCUCUGAGAUUUGCAUGGAAACAACAAACUCAAGCAGCAAGUAACACUUUAGUUUUUA